AUGCCACCUGAAAAAGAUUUGAAAGCUUCUGACCACCAUCAGCCCAGCCAAUUUGGAGCACUAACAGGGCUAUUUUUUACAAUGAACCUUAUAAUUGGGGCAGGAAUUUUGGGUUUGCCUUAUUCUUUUAAAGUGGGUGGAUGGCUGGUUUGUGGACUUUACACUGUUAUUUGCUGCUCGCUAGGCUAUAUCUGAAGCAGUCAAUUAGUAGAGCUGACAAGUAGAUGCUGCUAUUACCUUCAGUUAAAAGAAAAAGGGAUUUCCCUUAAAAAACCGACUUUGAAGCAGAUUUUAUUUGGGAAAAAUAAGAACAAAACUGACUUAGAAACUAAUUUAAUUAGCAAUGAGGAUUCUUCCUCGUUUGAAAUAACCAAGAGAAUCGACAUUUCUGAGAUGGUCGAAAUAACUCUCGGCAAGAAAUGGAAAGCAGUUUAUUUCUAUUCUUUUGUAUUGACAUUCCUCCUAACAUUGUCAAGCUAUGCUGUAAUAUUUUCAAGCUCUUUAGCUUCAAAUUUAGAAAUAGGAUUUUUGGAUUCAUGUGACAUUUAUAAAUGCUCUGAGUUUUCAUGUGAAUGCUGGAAAACUUAUUGGUUCUUUUUGGCUAUUUUUUCAGUAAUAGUAGUCUAUUUGACAUUGGUAGAAAUGAAUGAACAAAAAGUAAUCCAAAAUAUAAUUACAGGUAGCUCAGUAUUAAAUAUUAUUAUUGUCAUUACACUAUCAGUUAUCAGUAUAAUAGAAGAUACAGAAAUAGAUAGCGACAGGCCUUUAAACAGAAGUGAUUAUGAUAUAGCUAAUAUUUCCAAUAUCGGGAUAAGCCUUCCUAUCAUUUUAUUUGCAUCAAUGAUCCAGCUUUCGUUACCCAGCAUCAUAGAAAAUUUGGAUGAUAAAAGAACUAAUGUAAAGCCGAUAUUGAGAAAUGCCCUGAUAGCGUCUCUGCUUAUUUACUUGCCAAUGGGAUUUAUAGUGCCUAUGGCUGUGUCAAAAGUAUAUGGACAGUAUAAUAUUAGCUUUAGAAAUUAUUCUGCAGGUUAUUCUCAAGCUGAGAGACCGUGGUGGACUUAUAUUUUUUCGUAUUUUAUUGUGCUCUCCCCAGCGAUAGGAAUUUUAUCAGCUUUUGCAUUGAUCGCGAUACCACUUGCCCAUAAUACAGAGUCCUAUUUCUAUGGGAUUGGAAAUAAGAAUAUUUCAAAACGCGAAGAUUAUUUAGUAAAACUAUUAGUGGUAGUUGUGCCUUUGGCUCUUUCUACAUUUGUGUAUAAUUUGGUAAAAAAUAUUUAGGGUUCUAUUAUGUCUGUUGCUGGAGCUAUUAGCAUUUUGAUGGUUCCUGUUGGGAUACCACUAAUGCAUAUUGCAGGAAGAGAACUAAUUGAAAAGGAAUCUGUUUACGAUUGUAAAUAUUCUCCAAGAAUUGCUUCCUUAAUAAUUGCAGCUCUCCACUGUGGAAUUUUGAUUCUCAAAAUCUAUUUUUUAUUUUAG